CCCAUAGCAGAUAUCUACUCCGCCAUAGCUGUUGUUGUUGUGGAAGAAGACAGAUCUGGACGGGUUAUUUAGGUGAAAUUUUCUCACUAUGUCGUCCCCAAGCCCCGGUAAAAGACGGAUGGACACUGACGUGGUCAAAUUAAUAGAAAGCAAGCAUGAGGUCACAAUUCUUGGAGGCCUGAAUGAGUUUAUGGUGAAGUUUUAUGGUCCACCAGGAACACCCUAUGAAGGUGGCGUCUGGAAGGUCCGGGUAGAUUUGCCAGAGAAGUACCCAUUCAAGUCACCCUCAAUAGGUUUCAUGAAUAGAAUAUACCACCCAAAUAUUGAUGAAGUAUCUGGCACAGUGUGUUUAGAUGUCAUUAACCAGGCAUGGACAGCGUUGUAUGACCUGUCCAACAUAUUUGAGUCCUUCCUGCCUCAGCUGUUGACAUACCCCAACCCCAUAGAUCCUUUAAACGGGGAUGCCGCAGCACUAUAUCUACACAAACCUGAGGAAUACAAGAAAAAAGUUAGAGAAUAUGUUCAGAAAUAUGCUACAGAAGAGGCAUUAAGAGAGCAAGAACAUGCAUCCUCAUCUAGUGAAAGUUCCAUGAGUGAUUUCUCUGAAGACGAAGCUCAGGAUAUGGAGCUUUAACAUCUCAUUUAAUUUAAUCUGUACAUAAUUCAUUUGUAAAUACUCUAGAUCCAACAUUCUUGCAGUCAUGCAGAAGGCACCGGGAUAUGUUAUAAUAAGACAAAUAGUUGCCUGUGUUCGACUCCAGUAUCGGGGAAAUGCGUACUUUGUUGCCAACCAUUACAAGAAUUUGAAAUAUUUUAUUAUAGGAGCAGAAAUUCCACAUAAAGUAUAAACUGUAAUCUUUUUGUUUGCGCUCAUUCCAAUAGGGGAAUUCAAAUAAAACAUAAAUGUACAUAGUCUCAAGCUGUUGGCCACAUCUGAACAAUAUGAAAAAUUCUUAUUUGAAAUUAUUUUUAUGAAAUACGAAAAUGAGAGGUUUUGAUUACAGAAACUGUUUGGUAAUAGAUUGUUUGGUCUGAAGUACUAUAUUAGUAUUUUGUUGGAUGAAAAUUUGUUUCCAAAAUGGUUGUGCUUGUUUGCAAAGAUAUCAGCUGCAACAGUUGUGACAAAGUACGAGGUCCGAUCUCCUGGUAGUGUGUUGAUUGUGGCGUGCCGUCAUCAUCAGAUGUCGUCUUCAUCAUCAUAUUUUGCAUCGCCAUCA